AUGGAUGCCGAUGGGAUCGAUGUCGAUGAUGACGAUGUCGACGAUGCUGGCAUAUUCAGCAUCGCCAAUGACCGCCAAAGUGAGGACAAUGAUACCCUCACUGGUACAAACAACGUCAUUUCAGCAGUGCACACGAAGCGCACUGCUGUUGACAAGGAUGAAUCAUCAGAGGAAUUUCUGCUGACUCGCGAAGCAAUUGUCCGCUUCGUUCAAGACGCUAUUGCAGAUGCAUUAGACAGACAGAAGAGAAACGCAGACAAACAUGGAAGAGCAAAUGUUCUUUCAUUUGAUUAG